GCAGAAACCUCUUUGGCUGGACGUCUGGACCAUGGACAGGGAUCAGAAUGAUGAGGACAGCAUUGUGGACCUCAGCUUUGAGGCCGAGAGUCCCCUGGCACCUCCAGCUGAGCUCCUGGAGAGGCUUCCCAGCUAUGACUGCCUUUUCCAAGGAGGAGGACAGCAGAUAUUCUUCCCGCCUUUGGAGGCUCCACAGAGACCCCAGGAACAAAGGUGCUGGUCCAGGUUCCUGGAACAUAGCAGAAUCCCUGUGGUGACAGAGGAGGUGGCGCGGGAAGCCCUCCUCAGCUUCGUGAACUCCAAAUGCUGCUAUGGCAGCUCAGCCGCCAGCGACUUCAUCAUCCAGGAGCUGAAGCAGCAGACCCUGUGCAGGUAUCGACUGGAGACUUUCAGCGAAUCCAGGAUAAGUGAAUGGACAUUUCAACCCUUUACUAACCACUUAGUAGAUGGGCCACGAAGAGGGACCUCCCCCAGGCUUUGGGACUUCAAGGUCCAGGUCCCCCCGAUGUUUCAGGAAGACACCAGGAAGUUCCAGGUUCCUCACUCAUCAGUGGUCAAGGAAUGCCACAAAUGCCGUGGGCAUGGGCGCUACAAGUGCAGUGGCUGCCAUGGGGCCGGCAUGGUGAGGUGCCCUUCCUGCAGUGGAGCCAAGCGCAGAGCCAAGCAGCCCCGGAGGUGCCAUAUGUGCUCGGGUUCUGGCAGGCACAGGUGCAGCACGUGCUCAGGGAGGGGGAACAAGACCUGUGCCACCUGCAAGGGGGAAAAGAAACUGGUGCACUUCGUCCAGCUGGUCAUCAUGUGGAAGAACAGCUUGUUUGAGUUUGUGUCUGAGCACCGGCUGAACUGUCCCACGGAGCUCCUAGCUAAAGCCAAGGGCGAAAACCUCUUUAAGGAUGAGAAUACGAUGGUGUACCCCCUCAUCGACUUCCCCCUGCGGGAGAUCUCUCUGGCGUCCGAGAGGGGCAUUGCCCAGCACAGCGCCACCCUGGCCUCCAGAGCCCGUGUCCUUCAGCAGCGCCAGACCAUCGAGCUGGUCCCCCUCACAGAAGUUCGUUACUGGUACGGAGGAAAGACCAAUGUCUAUUACAUCUACGGCACAGACCACAGGGUGUUCGUGGCGGACUAUCCUGAGCGGUAUUGCUGCGGCUGCACCAUUAUCUGACACGGCUCGGCGAUCCCCUCGGCCUGCCACUCACAGUCAGCAGGGAGGACAACCGAGGUCUCUGGGUUCGCUCAUCACUGGCUACACUGGGCAGUCUCUUACCGGCCCUGGCGUGUCUGUCCUUCCAGAGAAUUCAUCUUACCGUCUGUCAAGCCACAAGUCUUUCAGGAGCUCCUGUGGUGGAAUCCAUCAUGUGUUGAACCUACAAGAAGUCAACUUCACACAUUCCUUUAGGACAAAGCAUUUAAAUGGCAGGGGCAGAAAGCAAAGAUUAAUACCUCAAUUGAUCAUGUGGUUUGGUUUUGCUUUUCACUGGGUCAGCCUCAGGUCUGGGGGGCCUCUUCUAGUGGGAGCCUUUUGUGCAGCUAAGCAUUACUGAAAUGUUUAAAGAUGCGCAUAAAUGGGAUCCCUUAGUGCACCCCAGAUACUGCAUGAGGCACCUUUAUGUCCUAAAAUCUGUGGUCCAGAAUUCAGACCCGGCCAGUAGGGGGAGGGUCUGUCUCCACUCCACGAUGUCUGGGGCCUCACCUGGAGGGUGUGAAGGCUGGGAUGGCUCAUGUGCAGGGGGCUGAAGUCACCUGAAGGCUGGUCCGCCCAGAGAUCUGGUGUUUGAGGGUGGCUGUUGGCUGGGCCUCCGCUAGGGCCAGGGCACCUCACGUGGCCUCUCUAGGCAGCCUGGGCUUCCUCACACAUGGUAGCUAUAGGGGUGAGAGCCCCCACACAUGCUCCCACUGGAGAAAUAGAGAUCUGUUCCCAAAGGGGAGAAAAACCUGCUGUGUUGCACGGAUGAGGGUCUGCAUGCUGAUCUCUAACAUGGUGCUUCUGUGGGGGAAAUUUUGGGAGUGUGAUUUUUGGAUAUAUGCAGGUUCUUACAUCACAUGCCGAACUUAGAA